AUGGUGACACCAAAUUCAAGAGCAAGCACAGAACCACUGUUGCCAGCAUCUCCUCUGCAGCUGCUGCCGAAUCUUCGUCCUCAACUCGAUCAUCCUCCUCUUCAAGAAAGCCCUGCCUCUGUGAAGCCAAGAGAUAAUACCAAGAGGAAGAUUGAGAAGAGAUUCAAGGAGGACAAGAACCUGAAAGAGAGAGUAGACAAAGCAAUUCAAGCUUACAACGCUGCUCAAGGCCAAGGGUCGAAGGACAAAGACACCAAGAACAAGUCAGGUAUAGCCGCAGAACUCGAGGACACUGCUGCUGCUACCACCCUGGAAUCGACCCCUGAGGCAUCUGUUGGAUCAAUUGGUCACACCCGGCUCUACAACGCAGUGAUUCUUGAUAGUGGUGCCAAUGUGCACAUCAUCAACGAAUCCAUAAGGGCAAGGAUCGUCAGAUCUGAGUUACCAACCUCCUCUGAUAUAGUGAUAUCUAGGGACAAGAGGUACCAACCUGAGGCAAUUGUUAAUGCCACCAUCAAUCUGGAUAUAGGUAAUGGAGUUACCAGGAAGCUCACUCUUCUCAAGGCAAGGCUCAUUCCGGGAUUCUUCACAAGUUUGGUCUCACUGCAGAUCCUCAACAAGAAGGGUAUUCACCAUAAUACCAGAAACUGGCCAGACAAGUUGAUUACUAGCCAAGCACAUGAGGAGCCCAGGCUUUGGGCAUGCCUCACCCCUGAACACAGUAACGACAGACAUGGUCACUGGAUUAUUGAACGAUUGCCUGCAACAAGAAGUGUUGCUAGGACCACUGGAAUUCCUGUUUUAUCUGGAACCCCUGGAAUUGAGGAGGUGAAGUCAGUAUACACCCCACACUCUGAGAAUGCGGGGAAAUCAACCUCACCUGCCUCAACGUCACCUGCUGGAUCUGUUGCUGCUGCACAAUCCAGUCAUAAACCACUUCCACCUUUGACAGCAACGGCCAAUCAGUAG